AUGGCAACCAAUUCCCUUCAGUCCCUCCACCACCACCACCACCACCCUCUCCUGAGGCACCUUCCCACUGAUCACUCCCCUGCUCCCACCCUCCCCUCUUCACUCUUCCUCAGACCCACCACCAUCACCACUACUACUACUCUCUCCACCACCCCCACCACUUCUCUCCCUUCCAUCACACACUCUCUCUCCUCCUCCACCAGCAAUAUACCCUCCACCUCCCAAGCUGCCAUCUCCUAUGACCUCCUCCACCACCACCUCUCCUCCAAAAACUUCCGGCAGGCCGACGAGGAGACCCGCCGCCUCCUCAUCGCCCUCGCGGGCGAACCAGCCCAAAAGCGCGGCUACGUCUUCUUCUCCGAGGCCCAGUUCAUCCCGGAAACCGAUCUCCGGGCCAUUGAUGAACUUUGGGUGCAGCACAGCAACAGCAAGUUCGGGUACAGUGUGCAGAAGAGAAUAUGGGAAAAGGCCAACAGAGACUUCACGAAGUUCUUCCUCAAGGUUGGAUGGAUGAAGAAGCUUGACACUGAAAUUGAGCAGUACAACUACAGGUCUUUUCCCAACGAGUUCACGUGGGAGAUGACAGAGGACACCCCAGAGGGUCACUUGCCCUUAACAAAUGCCCUUAGAGGUACCCAAUUGCUCAGUAGCAUCCUCAGCCACCCUGCUUUUGAGAACACAGAAGAAGAGAAGGAAGAAACAAAGGAAGUUGCAGAUGAGAAUGGAGGGCUAAUGGGGUUAAGGGAUACGCCAAAACCCAUGAGGGAAACAGCGUUCAAGCCAAACUACAGCUUCUGAGGGGCAGAAUUGUUGCACUAAACAAGAAACUGGUUUUGGGUUUCAUGUGCUAUUGCAAGUGGUUGAUCAAUGGGAAAUGGGAAAGUUUUUUUGUUUUUUUUUUUAAUUUUCUCCUUGUCUUUUUUCCCCCAUGUCUUACGUCUUUUGUUUGGAUCUUCUUGGUAUUUUUUUUCCUCGCGGGUAGUGGUCAAAAUGACAUAUGAAUAAUUCAAUUGUAUGAGCUGAGACAGUUCCAGUGAUAGAAAAGGUAGGCGAGGUUGUAAUAUGUGCAUAUAUAAUUUUUUUAAAAGCCA